AUGGAUUCUUCUACAGUACUGGUAAGUUCUCAUCAAAAUAAUUAUAUGUCAGCAAACUUGAUUCCUUAUAUGAUGGGAUAUACUAUAACAUACGUCGAUCCAAAUGUGUCACCCACAUUGUCUAUAUGGCUGUCUGCACUUGCCCUUGCCAUGGAGGGUGUAUCUAUGCCUUUUGGUGGUGUUACUGCGAAAAGAUUUGGUUUUCGUGUCGUUGUGGCAGUCAGCUGUUUACUCGACAGUGCAAGCAUUUUGCUGACAUAUUUCACAAUUCAGAAGACUUUUGUUGGUGUUGUUAUUACAUAUGCUGUGUUACAAGGCCUUGGUUUAGGUUUCGGUUAUUCUGUGGUCCUGGCUGUAGCGUCCACGUGGUUUCCGGAACACCGUGGUCUUGUAGUCGGUUUGAUCGUUGGUGGUUUCGGCUUGGGCGCUGUAGUCUUUACCCCCGUUCAAACGGCGUUAAUCAAUCCAAAUAACCUCCCUGUUAACAAUGUAACGAGGCAAUUUACCAACCCUGAAGUUCUUAACCGAGUUCCAGUAGCUUUCCUGAUUCUUGGAGGCAUUGUUUUAGCGAUACAUGUUGUUGGAUUUUGUUUGCUGCGUCCAAAACCAAUUCAGAAUGCACAUAAUUCAGAAUUAGAAAUGACUGUCCGAAACAGAAUCAAUUCCGAUCACAAUGCAGUUAUUAGAAGUGAAUGUUCCACCUAA